AUGCCAAGCAACGUUUCCCUUUCUCAGUUCAUUUCUGCCAUCGAAAAGACCAAAGCACCGUACACCGACAUCUGGGUGGCGAGGCUGGAGACCCGUCACAUGGACGCAUUCGUCGGACUCCUCAUCGCCUACCUCUCCAACACGACCAGUCUUACGAUUACAACCAAUUUCAUCAGGAACUUUCACCUUGUUGGUAAAGUCCUCCGAUCCAAGGCUCUCCAGUUCCGGCCCCCCCGUUCCGAUUCUGAGGUCGAUUCCGAUUCUGAGGUCGGCUCCGACUCUGAGGUCUAUUCCGAUUGUGAGGUCUAUUCCGAUUCUGAGGGUAUUGAAUCCGAUUCUGAAGCUCUUGAAUCCGACGAUGGGGCUGUCGAAUCCGAUGCUAGGUCUCACGAAUCAGAUGGUGAGGCUCUCGAUCCCGGUCCUGGUGAGGCCCUCGAACCCGAUGCUAGGUCUCACAAAUCUGAUGUCGAGGCUCUCGAACCCGAUGCUGGGUCUCACAAAUCUGAUGUCGAGGCUCUCGAACCCGAUGCUGGGUCUCACAAAUCUGAUGGCGAGGCUCUCGUCCCCAAUUCUGAUGAGGCUCUUGAAUCCGAUUCUUGGGAGACUGUCGAGUCCGAGCCUGAUGAGGCUCUCGAACCCGAUGCUAGGUCUGACAAAUCUGAUGGUGAGGCUCUCGACACCAAUUCUGAUGAGGGUUCUGAAUCCGAUUCUGAUGAGGCUCCCAAACGGGACGCUUUCCCGGAUCAAAUUCCCAGGUUUACACAGCUGCAACGAUUAGCCUAUGUUAGACGUCUUGAUAACGAUGAGCUAGAUCAAGAUCAGUCAGAUCCAGAUUCUCAGUUCGAGGAGGCUUUCUCUACCCUUUAUCUGCCAAAUCUUGUACAUGUCAAACUUUGGCUCGCAAACCCCGAGAGGUUUUGGUGGCCAGAGGGAAAGCCAAACCUCGACCACCUCACCUCAUUAGAUAUCGAAUGGCUUCACCCAAGGUUUCUAAAGAGGAUACUGUCCUUGACAAGGAAUCUGAAAUCACUCACCUACUCUUGGGAUUACGCUGAGGAUAUCUCUUGCGACGCGUGGAAGGACGCAGAUCUAAACUUGGAUAAGAUAAUAACCGCCAUUUCUCCCGCCAAACAUACAUUAGAGAAGCUACAUAUCAAGUUUCGAGUUGGUUUCGGCCGAAAGGAGACAUGGCCGGAAAUACGUACUUCUGGGUCUUUCGACAAUCUUGUCGAGUUUGGUCAGAUCAAGGAACUACAUGUUCCCUUGGUAGCCUUGUAUGGUUUUAAUGCUAACUAUCCCCCCUUGGGUCGCGGCAUCCCGCCUUCAGUCGAGACUCUUAUUCUAACCGACGACAUGAUGGAUGACGUGACAUUUGUAAUGUGGGAUGCGCGCAAGCCUGAUAUGAAGGGAUGGGGAAAAGAUUUACAGGCUUGGGGGAAGAGCAGGCGCAUAUGGAUGCCUGCUCACACUUUUCAGAGUGUGAUAUUAGUACUGGCUGAGAGCUGCCCUACGAAGUUUCCGCGACUACGACAGAUAUUCUGGUUUAAUGUUGCGGAGGACGAUGAUUAUUCUGAUUUUGAGCGUGAGGUUAAGAGGAUCUCUCAUCGUCUUGGUGUUGAUAUCAAGCCUUUGAAUGAUGAGAAGGAACGAAUUCAAAAACGAGGCAUAGGAGAAGAAGCGGUACAUCUCGAGGGAUGCAUCUUCGGCGAGAACGAUCGAUUCCUCUACAAUAACCGUUCCACCCUAGUCCGCCGUAAGCAAGAUCAUCUGAAGCACAUGCCACGUAUGCAGCGGCUCUCUUGUCGUCCCCGCCACGUAUUGACUGCCAAACACUGCAUCCUGAACAACCGCACCGUCACAUUCUGCCCUGGACACGGCAACAAGGACUUCUUCAACUCGUCACAAUCCACGCAUGCGUCUGUGAGCACCAAGAUCGGCGACGGGAUCAGCGACGCAAGGGAGGACUGGGCCGUGCUGAUACUCGACAAGCGUCUCGGCGAUGAAGUUGGCUACUUCGGCGCCAAGGUCACGGAGCGCUCUGUGACGGAAUUUUCAACUUCGCCAUCAUGA